GUCAGAGAGGAAGUUACGGUUAGUUCGCUUGCUGCUAGCCGGCUAACUUGCUACAAAAGUAAACAAGUCUGCGGGAUGAGAUGAAAUUCAACCGCGCGACAAAGUAGCGUUUCAGCCAUGAAGGAAGACAAGGAAAACACUCGACCGAAGGACAAAAAAGUGGAAAUAAAAUGUGAAGAUGGAGAAAAGACGGAGAAGUCCAAGGAAAAGAAAGAGGCCAUGACAAAGAUCGUGAUUAGGCGAUUACCACCUAGUCUGACCAAGGAGGAGCUGGAGGAGCAGCUGCAACCUCUCCCAGAGCUGGACUACCUGGAGUUUUUCUCCAACGACACCAGCCUUUACCCUCACCUCUUCGCAAGGGCUUACAUCAAUUUCAAAAAUCAGGAUGAUAUAGUCCUCUUCAGAGAUCGAUUUGAUGGAUAUGUAUUCAUCGACAACAGAGGACAGGAGUAUCCUGCCAUUGUAGAGUUUGCACCCUUUCAAAAGACUGCCAAGAAAAGAAGUAAGAAAAAGGACGCAAAAUGUGGAACAAUUACUGAAGAUCCUGAUUACAAGCGGUUCCUGGAAUAUUAUAAUGGAGAUGAAGAAAAGUUGACAUCAACACCUGAGACCCUGUUGGAAGAGAUUGAGGCAAAAUCAAAGGAACUUGUAGGGAAAAAAACCACUCCUCUGCUGGACUUCCUGAAGAAUAAACAGAGAAUCAGGGAAGAAAAGAAAGAAGAGAGAAGGAGGAGGGAGCUUGAACGGAAGCGUCUGCGGGAUGAGGAGCGUCGUAAGUGGAGGGAGGAGGAGAGAAGGAAGCGCAAGGAGGCAGAGAAGAUGAGGAGACUUGAGAAACCGCUGGAGAAAGACAAGGACCAAGUUAAAGAAGAACCAAAAAUUAAGCUCCUGAAGAAGCCAGACAGAGGUGAAGGUGCUGAUCCUGAGAAGCCAAAGGAAAAGAGCAAGAAACCAGAGAAGCCAAGUAAAGAGGACAGAUCCAUGGGAAGUGCUGAUCAUAAGAGGCGUCAGAACAUUGAAAAUAAGGAGGAUCGGGGAAGGAAAGCGGACGAUGACGGGCGAAAGGAGUUCAGGGAGCGUGACACAGAUCGAGACAGAGAGCGCGAUCGAGAGAAGGAGCGGCGGCAGAAAGAGAAGGAGCGCAUCAGGCGUCAGGAUGAAGAGCGGCGGAGAAGGAGAGAACAGCACGAUGGAGAAAACUCGUGCCGGAAGCGGGAGGAGGAGGUGAAAAAAGAAAAAGACCGUGCCUUGGAGAAGAAAAAGGGUGAAAAUGUUGGAGAAUCCACUCACUUUGAGAGGCCGGAGAAGCUUGCCAAAGACAACAAGAAGGAUGACGGUGGCAAAAGAGAGCGGCUACGAAAUAAGGAUCGGCCUGCUAUUCAGCUGUACCAGCCAGGGGCCAGAAGCCGCAAUCGUACUACAGGAGGAGGAGCUGAAUCCAACUCUGCCGACAGGAAGCCAGACACUGAGACCAAGAAAGUGGCUGACAAAGGAGAUGACUGAGCAGAUUUCUACUUAUGGCAUUUUAAGUUUGGUGAGGAGAGGGUAGACAGGCCUGUGAGGCUCAGAGCAGCGAUGUGGUGCCUCAGGGCAACGUGCACUGCAGUUGAAGCAGGGCUACAUCUGGCUCUCCCAGUCUCAGAGGCAGAGUGUGAUGGUGGAGCCUCCUUGUGCCUGAAUGUGACCCUCUAUUAGUUUUGUUUGUUAGGAAAGGUAACAGUAACCUUUGGAAAGAGUUUGGCUGUAGGGAACAUUAGGUGAAGCCAAAGCUUUCUUGGACCAUGUGAACUCAAAGUGACCUUAUUUCAGUAUUGUUUCUCUGGUGGAAAUUGUUCACACUGCAAAUAUCAGCUUUUAACUUGUUAAUCCAAAUCACAGUCUGGAGGUAUAAAAUAACCUUGCAGGUCUUUAACUUCCCAAUCACUCAACAUGUCAACUUUGCCAAGCUCAUCAAUAUUGUUUCCACACUGUCUUGAAAGAGAUUUCUGUUGUAUCAUUGCCAUUUUCAGUUUGAAAUGCACACAUAGACAUCUUAUGUAUGUGUAUGUGCAGAACUGUUAUUAAAACGUUCCAUGGUCUAUAAACUUAUAAUAGUCUCACAGGAACAAUAUAUGCUGAAGAGACAGGAGAAAUAGCCAUUUCUGACUAGACUGCCAUGUGACAGCCAUGCCUGCAUGAACACUUCAAUCAGAGUGAUCAACCUGUGGCCUUCCCCCUUUUCUAAUCUGAAACUCCAUUGAAAAAUUCAUCUGUGAUGCACUAAACUGAACAUGAAAACAUAUCAGCAUGAAAACAUAUCAUAGCUGGUGAUGCUAACAUACAGUAGCCACUUUUGACUGGAAAUAAAAGAGGUCUUUGCUUAA